AUUUGCCGUAAAGGGCAUUGUAGAAGCGCUGGCGGAAGAAUCGGAUGCUGUGCGUGGCGGUCGGCAACUUUCUGCUGCUGUUGAAAAGUUUCUCUCAGUGGUGGUUAACCUUGCGUUCGAGUGACACAACCGGGGAAGAUGGCGUGGCAUCACAACUGUGCCACGUCCCGAUUUAGCGGAGAAAUCAACAAAUACCCCCGACACGUCGCCGUGCUCUGCCUGACAUUUUGUCUGCUUCUGCUAUCCUCGGCGGCGGAGGCCGGACUGUACACGAAGUCUGAUCAAAUCGUCGCGCUCUCGUCGGACAAUGUCAAGUCUGUUUUGGUCAACUCCAGCACAGCUAUGGUGGUGGAGUUCUAUGCGUCCUGGUGUGGACACUGCAUCUCCUUCUCGCCCGUCUAUAAACGUCUGGCGAGAGAUAUUAAAGAGUGGAAGCCUGCCGUUGAUCUGGCAGCCAUUGACUGUGCUGAUGAGAAUAACAGGAAGGUCUGCACAAGCUUCGGCAUCAGAGGAUUUCCAACUUUGAAGUUCUUCCAUGCCUACAGCCGGGAGGAUUCUACUGGAAAGGCCUUUACAGGUUUGCUCCAUGACGUCCAAGCCCUCCGCCACUACAUUGUAGAGCUAAUGGAAAAACACCAAGACCCGUGGCCUCCGGCCUGCCCUCCACUUGAACCCACCAGCCAAGCUGAAAUCGACACCUUCUUGGAGAACAACAACGUUCGACACUUCGCCCUGAUCUUUGAGGAUGUAAGCUCCUACAUCGGCAGAGAGGUGACCUUGGACUUGUUACAGUUUGAGAACAUUGCAGUGCGGAGGGUCCUGAGCACUGAAGAAGACCUUGUAACCAAACUGGGGGUAACCGAGUUCCCUUCCUGUUACCUUUAUUACCCUGGAGGCAACUUCACAAGACUCAAAGUCAAAAUUGAGGCCCGUACUUUCUACUCCUACGCCCUUCAGGGGCUUCCUGGGGUGGUGCGUUCAGGGAAAUCCUUGCCGGCCAGCACAGACCACAUCGGCACGCAUCAAGAGGAGCUGUGGAGACCUUUCAACAGGUCCAGGGUGUACAUGGCCGACCUGGAGUCCACACUGCACUACUCGCUGCGGGUGGAGCUGGCUGCUCAUCCUGUCAUCACAGGAGAGGCGCUGACUUCUCUCAGAAAGUACAUCUCAGUCUUGGCAAAGUACUUCCCAGGCCGCCCCAUCCUGAUGAACCUGUUGAAGUCCCUCGAUUCAUGGCUACAACACCAAACUGGUGACCAAGUUUCAUAUCAAGCAUUGAGUGAAAUCCUGGAGAAUUCGACACAGGUUCCAGAUGCUGCCUUGCCCGAGGGGGUGAGGUGGGUGGCUUGCCAAGGGUCACAACCCCACCUUCGACGUUAUCCUUGUGGCGUGUGGACUCUCUUCCACCUUCUUACAGUGCAAGCCAAGAAAGCUGGUGGCUCAGAUCUCGCGGAGGUGCUGAGUGCGAUGACAGGCUACAUCAGCAAUUUCUUUGGCUGCCGGCCAUGCGCCGAACACUUUGAGAACAUGGCCAGAGAGAGCCUGUCGGAGGUGAACACUUUUACUGACUCCAUCCUCUGGCUUUGGGCCCGACACAAUCGGGUCAACAACAGAAUAGCAGGUGCUUUGAGCGAUGACCCCAACUUCCCAAAGAUCCAGUGGCCUCCACCGGACGCGUGUGCAGACUGUCACGGCGUGAAGGAGAAUGGGGAGCACAAGUGGCACACCAAGCAGGUUCUGUCCUUCCUUGAGGACUACUACUCUGCCGAACGUAUUCUCACAGACUACCUGGAAGACGAAAGUGAGGUUCUGGCCAAGCAGAAGGCAAAACGUGUCAACCUGCAGGCUCAGAAGCGUGUCGAAAGAGAAGCCAACGAGGCCCUGAAACCUCCCAAUCUUCCUCCUCCAACGCAAGCUUUGAUAGAAGAAGAGGAGGAAGAGGAAGUGGCGGCAGAUGAAGAAGAGCAAGCGGCCCAAGUGGAAGGUAAGACUCUUGAACCGAAACCCUGGGCCGCAGCAGAAAUCAAACUGGGCUGGGAUCGGCAACAUAAUGUCAGGAGGCCGAGUAUCGUGGGGAUGAAAGUGCGAGAUGUGCAGGAGGACAUCGUGGACCUGGACUUGUUCGCCAACCAGCACUACAAAGCCCAAGCCAUGCAAGUGGCCACCUCCAGCCGAGUCAAACAACGCACCCUGCAGAGGAAUCGGGAGAAGCGAAACUCCGGGCCCGUGUUCGGCCUGCGCAUGGAGCCGGACGCCCGGCUCGGCGUGGCGGCCUUGGAGUCGGACUUCGGUUCCGACGAGGGGACGCGCGGGCUUAAGCGAGACCUGUCGGCCCAGCGCUUGGGCGAAGACGGCGGGCCGGGCCGGAGAGGCCGCUGGAUGUCCAUGCUGAGCAUUGGCUUCUCCAAAGUGGACGUCAGCCUGUGCGUCAUCCUCUACUUCAUGUCCUCCAUGUGUCUCCUUGUCAUGUACCUCUUCUUCAAAACCCGCCUCCGUUUACGGCGGACUAAAGCGUCACUGCCUUGAUCUGAAGUGUGGGCCGGCCGGGCCCUUCCAACAACCUGUGAUGUGGCGACCACAUCCACCUUUCCUUGCUGGUCUGGUUCUAUGCUUCAAGUCGCAUCGAGUGACUUCCACUAGCUUUUCAGCAAAUGACCUACCGUGAAAACUUUGUGCAUAUAUGGAUGUUUAUUUUCAUCAAUGAGUCUGGUGUGAAUGAAGGAGAUCCUUUUUUUUUUUUUUAAUUAUGCCAUGAAGUACAUUUCAACACAUCUGCAGUCAAUGGAACUACUUGAACUUCUCUCCGGUGAUUCCACAGAUUUCUUUUUUAAUUGUAUUUAGCUUUAUGAGCAUUUUAUUUCAGAUUUUCCCAGUGUUUCCCAACCUUUAUUGAGCCAAAGCCCUUUUUCCAAAAAUCACCACCAAACAAGAAUGCUUGCUCUGAAUAGCGCAAAUGUGAUAACACCCCACAACCCCCUCCCCAUUAAAUGCCACAAAUCGCCGCUUUAGCGAAAUGUAACUCCUCAACUCACGCUAGUUUCUUUGCAUGAAAUUGCCACAAAGUGGUCACAAAAUGCUACUAGUGUCUGAAGCGCUUUAAUUCACUUCAACAAAAAGUAAUACCGGUACUUUUAUUUCUUUGGUCUGAGUGCAAAAACAUUCAGUGAGUUUUUCAUUGAACACCCUGGACAGGUUUCCCCCAAAUGAAUUUGAAAAAGGUUCACUCUAUCCUGAAAAAGUUGAAAGCAAAGCUAUUAUUCUUUUGAAUUGCAGCAAAUAAAUAUAUAGAUUGGUUGACGCAAAUGAGGGUCAGUGAUUCCGAAAAUUAACCGCAAUAGUUCUUGCGGAGGAUUAUGUGAUUGUUGAUUCUGUCACUAUAAGUCGCUGGCAUAGAAAAGUGGACAAAGAUGCAUUAUUUGUAAUAAAUUAAAAAAUGUCAGACAAGUUAAAUAAAAUGGAAAAAAUGACAACUGAUAAUCUCUCACAGCACACUCAUGGUGUAAUGAGAUACAGUCUAAUAGUGUAUGAAAAAAAAUAUUUUUACAUUUGUAAACAUGCCUCCAAUUGGAAGGAAAUCUUUGAUAGUGCCAGUGUACCUAAUGAAGUGCCCAACGUGGAUAUUUGUUUGCAUUCUAAAUACUCACCACUGCUCUUGAAUUACAAAUUGAUUUCCGUUCUUUUUUUUUUCAUUCCGUUUCACUGUUACACUUUAUUUACCGUUGAGACCAUGAGCCACUUGUCUUGCAGCUCCCGCGUUUCAAACAUCGCAUCCGCAACGAUGACAUCACAUUGCUGAGUCGUCAAGACAGAAACUGUGUUUAUGUCAAGUGGACAGACUAAUGCUGUCAUUACAAACAUAUGCGUGGAUUGUGGAAAACAAAGUUGUUUUUAAAUUCUGGACAGCUCAUUUUGAAUGUGUCGAGAAAUCAAACAUCUCUAUCGUCUAUGACAUUAAAAAGUGUGACCAGAA